AUGUUCGGUCAAUGUUCCAACUGUGGGAGUUUGUUAGACGAGACCAGCAUCAUCGGGAAGCUACUGGUCCUGUCAUCGGUAGCAGACCAACUGAGGAAGGGAAAUUCUUCUCUGGAUGUCGGAUUCGACGUACAUGCCAGAAUCAGAGAAUUACAGUCGCGCAUCCGCAGCCGGAAGAACCAGAUGAAUCAUCUGCGAUCCAUUCUGGACGUGCUUUCAGCUGACGAGGACCUGGCACAAGAUGAAGUGAAGAAAUAUCGUUCACUCUUAUCACCAAUCCGGCGCUUACCAGAAGAGAUUCUCCUUCGCAUCUUCCAAUUUCUUCCAAGGGGGAAAAAUCCUAGAGAUACGUCUAGGUCUCCGUGGAUUCUGGGCCAGAUUUGCAGCUAUUGGAGGUUUAUCAGUGUAAAUUGCCCUCUUCUGUGGACAGUCCUGAAAGCCGAUGAGCGCCAUGUGGAGCAUUUUAGUUUUCAGCCAGCGGUUGAAAUGUUUCUCAAACGAUCGGCAGCUCUUCCGCUACAUAUAGUAGUGAAGGCGAAUGGCAUUCGCAAUCGUACCAACUCUGAUCGUUAUGCGGUGUUCCUACAAGAACUCUGUAGGCACAGCCAUCGAUGGAGAACCAUCAUACUGCCUAUUCCAACACCUGUCUUAUUCGAACAACUGAGAAUUGUUCAAGGAAGGCUGCCAAUUCUGCAUCAUCUAGCACUUAAUAUAGUCGCCCUCCACGAUCCGCCCCGCCGCACAAGCUUUUCCACCGACGCCUUUAUUCAUGCUCCCCAGCUCGAGCGGGUCAGGCUGGACAUGGAUGUCCCAGGAAAUAUUUCUUUACCGAUGUCCCAGUUAACGGUGUUUGAUAUCUGUCAAGUCUCCUGGAAAGACCUUCAUGGAAUGCUUACCCGGGGCUCCAACUUAACAACCCUCAGAGUGGUCUGUUACCCGCCCAGAACUACGCCAACACUGCCCAUCAUCUCGCAUUCACGUUUACAAACCCUCAUCAUUGACGGAGAUCUACGCUUUCUGAGCUACGUGCAAUUGCCCAAAUUAACCACACUAGAGAUUCUUCCUCCACUUCACAACGAUAUCUCGGAGGCUGUGAUUUCUUUGAUCGAACGAUCAGAUUGCCCACUUUCUUCGCUCCUACUACGAAAUUCUAUACCCAUCAUAUCUAUUCCAUGCUUGUUGAGUAUGGCCAAGUCUAUGGCUGCAUUACAGCACCUCGCUUUUGAGGUGGAUAGGUUCAGCGGAAAUUAUAUUUUCUCUGAGCUGGCGGACGCAGCUGUACUUCCGUCUUUACGACAGAUGGACAUCUUCUCUUCCGACGGAGGAGCGCUUCUCCCCAAUGGAUCCUUGCAGAAACUGAUCCUAGCACGGCGUAGCAUUGCUACUCCGGUCCUUCAAUCUUUUCGUUUGAGGGUAGCUCCGUCUGUGACGAUUUCAAGCUUUCUGGGCAACUUCGCCGGAUUGUUAUGUGAUUUGCAGGAAUACAGUUGUGAAAUGGGUAUAGGAAUUAUGGUGCAUGUUGGUGAUGAGCCCAUAUUAGAUUUGCCAUGUUCGUGA